AGCGGCCGCCGCCGAGCCCCAGCCCGAGCGCCGCCAGCUGGGCGCUGCCGCCGCCGACAUGCCUCUGUUCAGCGCCAACCCCUUCGAGCAAGACGUGGAAAAAGCUACAAAUGAGUAUAACACGACAGAAAAUUGGAGUCUUAUUUUGGACAUAUGUGACAAAGUUGGAAGUACUCCUAAUGGAGCUAAAGAUUGUCUAAAAGCCAUAAUGAAAAGGGUAAAUCAUAAGGUUCCUCAUGUUGCUCUACAGGCGUUAACUCUUCUUGGGGCUUGUGUGGCAAACUGCGGAAAGAUAUUUCAUUUAGAAGUAUGUUCCCGAGAUUUUGCAACAGAAGUACGAGCUGUGAUAAAAAACAAGGCUCAUCCUAAAGUUUGUGAACAACUAAAAUCUUUAAUGGUGGAGUGGUCAGAAGAAUUUCAGAAAGAUCCACAGUUCAGUCUAAUAUCUGCAACUAUUAAAUCAAUGAAAGAAGAAGGAAUCACUUUUCCUCCGGCAGGAUCUCAGACAGCCCCAGCUGCUGCCAAGAACGGGACAGCAUCAAACAAAAACAAAGAAGACGAAGAUAUAGCUAAAGCUAUUGAAUUGUCACUGCAAGAACAGAAGCAACAGCAGCACACAGAAACAAAAUCUCUACAUCCACCUUCAGAAAUUCAGUUAAAUAAUAAAGCUGUAAGAAAAGUGAGAGCUUUGUAUGAUUUUGAAGCUGUUGAGGAUAAUGAACUCACCUUCAAACACGGUGAAAUUAUUAUUGUUUUGGAUGACAGUGAUGCCAAUUGGUGGAAAGGAGAAAAUCACAGAGGAAUAGGACUCUUCCCAUCUAAUUUUGUUACAACUAAUUUAAACACAGAGUCUGAGGCAGCAGCUCUGGAAAAAUUGAAUGUAAUUGAUGAUGAUGUGGAGGAAAUGAAGAAAUCUGAGCCUGAGCCUGUUUAUAUAGAUGAGGAUAAGAUGGAUAGAACCCUACAGGUACUCCAAAGUAUAGAUCCAACAGAUUCGAAACCAGAUUCACAAGACCUCUUGGACUUAGAAGAUAUCUGCCAACAGAUGGGUCCAAUGAUAGAUGAGAAACUUGAAGAAAUUGAUAGGAAGCAUUCAGAAUUGUCUGAAUUGAAUGUCAAAGUCUUGGAAGCUCUGGAGCUGUAUAACAAAUUAGUGAAUGAGACACCAGUCUAUUCAGUCUAUUCAAAGCUUCAGCACCCCACACACUACCCAUCUUCAACACCUGGAGUUCCAAUGCAGACGUAUCCAGUCCAGGCCCUUGGUGGUAGCUAUAUGGGCCAAGCUGUUCACCAAGUCUCUGCUGCCCAGAGCUACGGCCUGGGUCCAGACCAGCAGGCACCCCUCACGUCUGUGCCUCCCACUGUAAGUUCUUCAAUGACAACACCACAGCCUGUCCAGCCUCCGUAUUUAAGCACUGGACACGAUGUGGUUUCCAAUUCUCCGUAUAUGAACCAGAACUCUAAUCUUCAGCCAGUUGUGGGCGCCGCGGCCUACGCCCAGCAGAUGGGGGUGCCCGUGGACCUGUCUUACCACAACACUACUUCGGGCCUGCCGCAGCUGGCAGGCUUCCCCGUGGCAGUGCCAGCCCCCACCAUGGCGCCGCAGCAGACAAGUUACCACCAGCAGCCUCUCCUCUAGAACCCAGGCUCAGCUUCUGGGGGUUCUCUGGGGCAAAGCUUCAUGAUUCCUCCAACCUCGUGAUUCUAAUCAAAAAAUACUGAGAGAAACCAUUCCCUCCUUCAACGCUAAAGGACCAUAAAUAAAGCACAAAGCCUG